GCUCGCUGUCCGUCGGCAUCACGUCGAAGAGCGUCCUUUGUUACGCCAACAUGUCCAGAGCAACUCAGCCCGUCGCCAAUAUGGAGGCGUGCAGAUGUCAUACGAUGCGAAUACGGCUUGGCUAGCUGAUCAGCCGGCUUCGCUUGCAGGGCUCCAAAUAAGGUUAAAGACAGUUAAGCAUAAAUCGCUGACCCGCUGUCCCGCUUUCGGCCACACGGCGACUCCGCAGCAAGCCACGCACCUGGACAAGCAAUUCUUCUCGAGCCGGCCAAUUUUCACGAGCGAGUACGAGCUGCGUUGGCGGAUCGUCUUCCUAUGCUUAGUAACAGCUCGUAAUCUCUCCUCCACGCUUGCAAUCCGUGUCAGUUGGCGCAAAUGUCACCAUUCGCUCCGAGAUAUUGUAUGGAACACGGUAGCCGGAUACGAUGUUGGCAAGCCACGCCGCGACCCUACUUCGCAUCCCAAGCUUAUCGCGCGAGCGCAGCAAAGGGCUAGGCGCUCUAGAAUCCGCCUCCGCUAUCGUGGCUUCCACCACGGGAGAACGGCAGCAUCGCAUGAGCAGGUAAGGCCAGCCAAGCAACUGGUUUCUUAGGACGAGCCAAUCUUGCGCUGCCCAGAACUUACAGGAUGCGCAACCAUCUGACCCCUAAUUACCUCUUCUAUCCGCGGCAACUCUAGCAUAUGACAUAAAUGAAUCGGUGCGUAAUAUUUUUGAAAACCUGGGAAGGCACCCGUGGGCGGCAAUGCGGCCCAGAUUGAUUGUCCUCGCUACCGUACUUGAGCGCUAGCAAAAGCUUCUUCGUAUUGCAGGUUAUCGGUAUGCAGGCACUCUACAAGCGCCAAGAGAGCACGAAAUGGCCUCACAUCAGCA